AUGGUCAACAAGAAGAAGGAGGACACAUGGAUGGUGCAGCGAAUUCACACAAACUUUCCGCAGAAUGCCGUCAGAGUGAUAAAUCAGCCAAAUAUGUAUGUGGCUCUAUGGUUACAUAAAGGUGGACCAGUCAUGGGUCAAGCGUGGAACGAUAGCGGGGUUGUGCAGUGUGCUUUCGCGGCAGAUCACAAAGUUUACAAAGGUCCCGAUGUCGAAGGCGGAAACAUACAGUUGCUUAUAUACAAAGGAAAUCAUGUAACAAAUAACUUCUACUAUGAAUGGUUAGCUCUAUCAAAAUGGAAGUUAGUAAGAAAUGGUAAGCGGGAACAGCUCCAAUAUGGUAUGGUGGCACCAAUAUUUUGGAAAGAGAAAGCUGUGCUUGGAAACUACUACAUCGCAGAGCACAAGGCAACAUUUGCCAUUGGAGACCAUUAUUUUGAGGUAACUGAUUCAAAAACCCUUGGUAACAUGCUUGUGCUGAUACGGAAUUUGAGCGGCGGUCCACCUGGAUGUUCAUGCGAAAAGUGCUCUGAAAGCGAGGAGCAUGCAUCACAAAGGCCGUUGAUGGUAAACGAUUGGGGUGACUUUUGCUGCGGAAAUCCAUGGCCAGUUGACAAACCAAUAAUGAAAGCACUGGAUCGUCCAAUGAAUACCCCAAAUGGACCACAGGAUCAAUAUGUCGCACUCUGGUACCGACAUGGAAGACCUCAGAUGGGUCGAGCAUGGAACGAUAACGGGAAUAUCAACGCAUCAUUUGUAGAUUCCAACCACGAAUUUACCGGGAAGAUUAUCGGCUCCAUGCAAAUGCUCGUCAAACUACCAGCAACUGCAGCCGGAUUUGAGUACAUCUGGCUACCGUAUGAGCAGGCGGUGCGUUACGAAGAUAAGGAUUUUGCACCGGUACACAUGAAUUAUGUAGCUCCAUGCGUUAUUAAAACCGAUAAUUUCGAAUUACUUGGAAGUGUGAACAUGAAAAAAGAACGAGCUGAAGUUGGAUUCGAUGGUCGUGUGAUGGUUUUAGAUGGACCUAAGAUUCGACAUCUCAUGGUACUGUGUAGAAAAGAUCGAGACGAUACGAUGACGAUCUAACUUCCUGCCCAACAUUUAUCAAAUUAAGGCCCGUAAUGCACUCCUCAAACGAUAAAUCUUUAACAAAACCCAUCAGUCACUCUCUACGUAC